AUGGGGUUUUUUGACCACCUCCAAAAAGGAGGGGCCUUCUCCCUGCAGCCUAAAACGACCCAGGUGCGCAAGGUCGUGCAGACUCGACCGGCUACGCCAAAACCAGCACAGACCCCCGACUCCCGAUCGCGAGUAGCGCCCUCAGAGAAUCAGAAGGCGCGCGCAUCGAAAGCCCAGUCCGCCUCACGCGACGCCGAUGCUCGCCCCGCCAAACGACUGAAUACCCCGUCUCGUAUUCGCAAGAGGCCGACGCCCGAGCAGCGACUCUCGAGUGACGAUGAUGUUAGUGACAGCGACACGUCUUUUGAAGUGCGCAAGCGCGCGAGGACCAGCGCCAGUGCGGAACCCGAUCCCGAGCGACGGCUGCGCUCGGUAAAGGCGUUUUCGGAGGAAGGAACUCGGCCAUUCAAGAUGGUGCAUGCUGCCGACAUCACGUCGGGUCAAAAAGCGGGCAAGUUCAAGCCAGCUUUUGGGGCCGAGGGCAAGUCCACGGAGAUUCUCCUACAAUACCCCAGUGCCUCGCAGAAAGAAAGAUACGACUCCGUGGUCCCCCGCGAUAACGACGACUUCCGUCCCAUUGACGACAUUGUUCAAGUCAUCGAGACGGUCUCCCACAACUAUAUUCCUGAAGACGAGGCGGAUGAAUUCAACAAUGAGACGAGUGGAAUAAGGCGCCGGUUGCGCAGGGCUUUGGCGGUUACCUCCGAGACCCAAUUUCGCAAUGCUGUGACCGAUUACAACAAAGCGAUUGACCGGCUGAGUACAAGUGGCACCCCUAGCCAAGCGUCUGGACGCAACACAACGCAUGGGAUUGCCAUGGUCGAAUCUCUCCGGCAGUACGAGAAUGGCACGGACAAUGUCUACGGAGAACUCCUCCCUCGCUUCGUCAGCAACAUCUUCAAAGAAACCAAGCUGAAGUCGGGCCAGGUCUUUGUUGACCUAGGCUCUGGUGUAGGCAACGUCGUGCUUCAGGCAGCGCUCGAGAUUGGCUGUGAAAGCUGGGGUUGCGAGAUGAUGUCCAACGCCUGUGAUUUGGCGGAUCUACAACAGGCCGAGUUCAAGGCGCGAUGCCGACUCUGGGGUCUCGCCCCGGGAAAGACGCACCUUGCUCGCGGCGACUUCCUCGAGCAGGAAAGCAUCAUCAAUGUCCUGAAGCGGGCAGACGUGGUUCUCAUCAACAACCAGGCGUUCACCCCACAACUCAACAACGAGUUGAUCAACCACUUCUUGGACAUGAAAGAAGGCUGCCAGAUCGUGUCGCUCAAGUCGUUCGUGCCUGCCGGCCACAAGAUCCAGUCGCGCAACCUCAACUCGCCCAUCAACCUCCUUAAGGUACAGCAAAAGAAUUAUUGGUCCAACAGCGUCAGCUGGACCGAUGUUGGCGGCACCUAUUUCAUUGCCACCAAGGACAGUUCCCGGCUCAAGGCAUUCAUGGAGAACACCUUGUAA